AUGGGACAGUCGAAGAUUAUUCUAAAAACGUUGGACAACAUCAAGCAAAAGUUUACUGAGCCAAUUGAUGACUAUUUGAAUAGAUUCCGCUUAUUAAAAGCCAGAUGUUUUACGCAAGUUCUAGAACAUGAGUUGGUUGAAAUGGCCGCUGGAGGCGUUGAUUAUUCCAUUAGGAAGAAAUUGGACACCCAAUACUUGAGGGAUAUGACCCAACUGGCUGAUAGGGUUCGACACCUAGAGCGUUUGAAGGAAGAAAAAGCUAGAGCCAAUAGGAAUAAGAGAGUGGCCUACGUUGAAUUUAAUGAAGAUAACGAAGGACCAUAUGAUGAGCCUUCAAACUUCGACAAAAUCGAGAUUGACCUUGCUGAACUAAAACAAGGCUCUCCCUAUUCCUGUAAGGUCUUAGCUCCUUCGAAUGGAAAAAACCCCAUCGAACCGGAAAAGAAUGAUAAAUUUCCUAAGAAAACUUAUACGUUCGACGUUACAAAAUAUGACGAAAUCUUCGACUUGUUAGUUAAGGAUGGUCAAAUGAUAGUGCCUUCUGGUGCUAAAAUGCCCCCUUUAGAACAAAGAAAGAAAAAGGAAGGAAUACUCAAAUUCAGAGAGAAACCCAGGAGCCAGAUGAAGAUUGACUUUGACCCUCUACAAGUAGCUGACGCUCACUACAUAGAGCCAGAUGAUGUAGACAUGGCCGAAGUCACUGAUGACUUUAACAACACCAUUAAAAUGGCCGAAGUUACUGAAGAUUUUAUUCACAAAGGCAGUCAUGGUCAAGGUUUCUGA